CCAUUGUCCGGCGGGCGGCGAGUGGAGUGGUCCCUGAGGCCGGGGCUGCUCUCGGCUUUACGGCCGCUUCGGGCUCCUCUCCUCGGCCUGUCGGUCCUGGAUGAACCCCGAAGAGGAAGCGAGAGCACUGGCGAUGACUACGGGGCUGCCAGCGGAGUGGCUUCAGGAGCCGGUGACCUUCCGGGAUGUGGCGGUGGACUUCACCCAGGAAGAGUGGGGGCAGCUGGGCCCUGCCCAGAGAACCCUGUAUCGUGACGUGAUGUUGGAGACCUUUGGGCAUCUGCUCUCUGUGGGGCCUGAGCUUCCAAAACCUGAAGUCAUCUCCCAGCUGGAGCAAGGGGCUGAGCUAUGGGCAGCAGAGAGAGGAAUUGGCCAGGGCUACUGUCCAGGCUGGGAGCCUGGACCUGAAACCCAAGCGCCACCCAAGGAGCAUGGCCUUCCUGAGGUGGAGACAUCCUGUGUCACUGAAAGGGAAGGCUUCCUGAGGGAUGCUCCCUGUCCCACCAUACUAGGGGAAGACUGGGAAUGUGAGGGCCAGGUGAAGUUGCCUGAGAAGGAACAGAAUAAUUUGAGGCAAUUGGAAUUUAGCCUCGAGGAAGCACCAAUUCAAGAUAAAAGCUAUGAAAGUCUCAGACUUGGGGAAAAUGGUGUCCUGAGCUCAAACCUAAAUCCAUUCCCGGAGAUUUCUAAGAGAGACUAUCUCUGUGGUUACGACUCACAGGUUAUAAACUCAGAAUGUAACUCAAGCUUAGUCAGUCAGCGGACAGGCUCCUCAGGAAAAGAGCCAUGUGACAGCAGUGACUGUAGCAAAACUUCUAGUCAGGCCCUUCCAAUUAUGGAACUCACACGAAGCCAGGUACAGGAUAAGCCCUACAAAUGUACAGACUGCGGGAAGUCGUUUAACCACAACGCGCAUCUCACAGUGCAUAAGAGGAUUCACACGGGAGAAAGACCUUAUAUGUGCAAAGAAUGUGGGAAAGCCUUCAGCCAGAACUCCUCCUUGGUUCAGCAUGAGCGAAUCCACACAGGAGACAAGCCCUAUAAAUGUGCCGAGUGUGGGAAGUCUUUCUGCCAUAGCACACACCUUACAGUCCAUCGGAGAAUUCACACCGGAGAGAAACCCUAUGAAUGUCAGGACUGUGGGCGGGCCUUCAACCAGAAUUCAUCCCUGGGUCGGCACAAGCGGACACACACUGGAGAGAAGCCGUACACGUGUAGCGUGUGUGGGAAAUCCUUCUCACGGACCACUUGCCUGUUCCUGCAUCUGAGGACGCACACAGAGGAGAGGCCCUAUGAGUGCAACCACUGUGGGAAGGGCUUCAGGCACAGCUCCUCUCUGGCCCAGCAUCAGCGAAAGCAUGCUGGGGAGAAGCCCUACGAGUGCCGCCAGAGGCUAAUCUUUGAGCAGACGCCAGCUCUAACAAAGCAUGAAUGGACAGAAGCCCUCGGCUGUGACCCACCUUUGAAUCAGGAUGAGAGAGCUCACCGGAGCGACAGGCCUUUUAAGUGUAAUCAUUGUGGGAAAUGUUUUAUUCAGAGCUCACACCUCAUCCGACACCAGAUAACUCACACCAGAGAGGAGCCCCAGGGACGGAACCGGCGACGGCUUGAGCAGUCCUUUGGCCGGAGCUCACACCUUGGCCGCCAUCAGCACACACACUCAAGUGAGAACCCUGGGGGCGGGACAAAGGCAGGACAGCCUGCGAGCCGGGCACUUGCCCUGUUUGACAUCCAUGAAAUCAUGCAAGAGAAAAACCCAGUUCACGUUAUUGGGGUUGAAGAGUCUUCCAUGGGUGCUUCCGUGUUAUUCGACAUAAGAGAAUCCUCAUAGGAGAGAAACUACAGAUGACUUUUGAACCACAGGUACAAAAAUGUGGUAAGUCCACAUAGUGCAUUCAUGGAAAGGGGGACUGGGGUAGAAAUGCCUAAGGUGACCUCUGAUUUCAUAAGGAAAUGGUGCUUUCCAAAUACCUGAGAUUGAUGGUUCUCAAAUCUGUCAAGCUCAGUGCCCCCUUUAACCACAGGUGUUUUGUGCUAUUCCUUCUAUUACUCCAAAAUGAAUUUACAGGUAAUGUAACCUACACACAUGUGUACUGUAAAAAAAAUCAAUAUAUGGCCCCUUUUUGUAAAGCAUAAUUAAAACAAAAGUAAUUUAUGGUAAAGUAAUGUGUAUACUAAGUGGGUGUGGUAUCUCCAUGUGACUGUGUGAGCCAUUAUGCCUGGACACCUGGGGCAUUGGCUGUUGUCAUCUGGUAUAUGGGAAAUAGUGUUGGCCAUGGAAAUAUUGUGAGGGGCAUUCCUGUAUGAGAUGUGAUUUUCUCAAGUGGUGACUAACUCUUGCAAAAGUUUUGAACAAAACAGAAGACCGCUACAUUUCUGGAAAAUUCUGUAUAAAAUUCUAAGCAUGCAGGAGUUAAUUUGUGUUUAUAUGUGAAGUUGACUUAGGCUCUCAGUUCAUACAUUACAAACUGGUUGUUUCACACAUACAUACAUACAUGGUCCACAGGGGCCUGUUCUGCACUUCACAGUCAGUAGAGCACACUUGGCCCCCACCCACAUGUCAGCCACAUUCAUGUCCAGAUCAAAUGAUAAGAAAGCCCCCAUGAAAUUCUACUACAUUCCCUGGGAGUGUCACAGCUUCUACUGAAAGCCAUUGCCUUGAAGUGGUUAGUGUUGCUUAAGCCAGAGGUUCUCAGUUGGGGUAGAUUUGUCCUCCAGGAGACAUUUGUGAUGUUUAGAGACAUUUUUGGUUGUCAUAACGGGCAGAACAGAGGGGUGCCACUUGGCAGCUAGUGGGUAGAGGAUGCUGCUAAGCAUCCUAUAAUGCCCAAGACAGCCCCCUCAACAAAGAAUUAUCUAGCCACAAAUAUGCCAGGGUAGAGAAACCAUACCCAGCACUACAACCAACUUUUUCCAGAAAGAUUCUAAAUUGAUGAGGGCUAUACUAACAAUCCUAUAGCUUUGAUUGUAACAAAUGAUAUCAUUAACUGUUUUAUACACAAAUGUUUCCUAGUAAUUUUUUUGACCAUUUUGCAGCAUUCCUAAUUGGUGUGAGAAAAGGAAGAGAAUCUACUUAUUUUUCUGAGUAAUCUAAAUUUUAGCAUUUUAUCAUGGACAUUGUAAAACAUGGAUAAGCCCCACUUUUGACCAUUCCUCCUGCCUGCCCUGUGGGGUGCAGAUUUGGGAGUGUUCCACCUAUCAGUGCCCUCUGGGGAGGGGACACCCAGUAACUUCAUGGUUCUAGACAGCUCUAGAAGCCAGGCUUACAGUGCCCCUUUCCCUCCUCCUCAGCCCCCAAAAUGGCAGCUUCUGAAGGGUCUUGUUUCCACAGUCUCAGUAUUUGCUGGGUGGGCUGAGGUUACAGUGGCCUCAGUGGGUAAGCUGGGAACAAGCUCGUCACUUGCCUUCCUCUCCAGACAACAGAGAUCUUUACAAAUUUUCUAUUUCUCAUUUCAGGUCAUGUUUUCUAGGCAUAAUAUUCCUACUCAUUUCCUUAUAGAUACUCUGAAACAGUCAGAUAAACUCCUCAGGAGAGGUUACUAUUAACCACAGAAUACAUGGUUUUAUCGGUUUAUAAAAGUAAUGUAAAUUCUUUACUGCAAAUGUGGAAAAUGCACAAAAGUAAAAUUUAAUUCCUCAUACAUCUAUUCAGAGAUGGUCACUACCAUUAAGAUUUCGUUAAUUUUCCUGUAAUUUUUUCUUAAAAAUAUAUAUGUAUACAUAUAGUGUACAUUAGAUCUUAUACACACACACAAAUAUAUUUAUAGUAUUGUGUUUAGAAAAUUGGAAU